CGUGCGUGCGUGCGUGCGUGCGCGAGAGAGAGAGAGAGUGAGCGAGGCGAGUCAGAGAAGGAGGCUGCGGCUAGGGCUGCAGGGGGACCCCGCCGGGCACGGAACCGAGAAUCACAGUGCCACGCGUCAGGCCGAGAGAAGGGCGACAGUCUAGUAGAGGAGGCAAGGGCGGGGCAUGGGCAUGCCCACCCGUUCCUCUCUCUCUCUCUCUUUCGCCCCCCCCCCCUCUCCUGAUGCGCUCCCCUGUGUGGUGUGUGGCCGGUGAAUGGGCGGCGGCGAGGCGUCACCGGAUGUGGCCGAUGUGUGCACUGUGUGGUGGGAUGCAUCGCUGGCUGUGCACUCCCCUGCCCGGCUACUUCGCGCAUCUGCCCGCCUUUCCCCUUCCCACCCCCCGGCUGCACCUGCGCUCGUUCCCGCGCCGCCCCCUGCGUGUCUCGUGCGUGCGCCCACGCCUCCCUCCCCCCCUCCUUUUCGUUUGUAUCUCGGUUUGCGCGUGUCCCAAUCUUCGUGUGCGCUCAUUUGGCACUUCCCCCCUCGCCGCGCGCCCCUCGCGCUCCCUCCGGCGCGUAUCUCCCUUCGCCUCUCCACAUUUGCCGCGCGCCGUGCGCCCUCCUCCUCGCGUCACUUUGUCUCCACCCCUCCGCCUCUCCAUGUGUGUGUGUGUGUAUGUGCAUCUGUCUGUCUGUGGCCCCGGGUGCGUGCGUGCGUGUGUCCUCCUUGCUGCGUGCUGCGCAUGGUCUUCGGAUCGACUGCGUGUGCGCCCUCAAGGAGGGGCGCGCGCAUGGCCCGGGGUUUUAAGACACCUUUGCCAUGCACGCGCGCCAUGGCGGCCAGCCUCUUGCAAAAAAAAAAAAGAACAAGAAAAAACAAGAGCUAAGGCUGCGCCACAGAUGAGAAGAGCGACCCGAGGGACAGACAUGUGACGAGAGGCAGACCCCCCCCACCCCCGGGAGGGGGGAGCGCGGCGAUGCCCAUGUGUGAAAGAGCGUGUCGGCAAGAAGGUACCCGCAUUUGGGCAGAGGGCGGAGGCCUCCUCUCCCCGUGAGUUGGGGAGAAGCGCCACGGACGUGCCCGCGCGCAUGCGCGCAAUACGAGAGGCAAACAUACACAUCGGGUGCAGUAGGAGGACGAGUGGGGAAGAAGAUGUGCCCGUGCGUGCGCGGUACACGCGCACACAUCUCAUGCACCCUUUACACACAUCGUCUGCCGCAUAUCGACCCCGCAGCCACCCGGGGGAGGGGGGCAGAAGCACACGCACGCACGCGCCCCUCUCACACUCCCUUUCCUUCGGCAUCGGAGAGGGGGGGAUCUCCCCUCAGUUUGAUCCCCUCCGCCGCCGCCGUCGCCGCCUCUCUUUCUCUCUUUCUCCCGCCACGCGUUGCCCCAUUUCGCAUCUCUCUCCCUCUCCCUCUCUCCCUCCCCUCCUCCCUGCUGCGCACACGCGCGAAGAGCCGGAGAAGCAAAGACAUGCGCCAAUAUGUUCUCCCUCGAAAAUGAAAAAAAAAAUAUACAUAAAAUGCCUGCAAA